GACGCAACCUCACCACCAGGCGUCUACCAGCCAGACCCCCAUCACAGCAACCUCGCAUCUUCGCCGGACCGAGGAUCAAACCAAGGAGACGUCGGCGCAUACUCCUCCAACACACAAUCGUCACGUGCACCCCUCUACGAAUCCACCAUGGCCGGCAUCAAGACCAUCAUAGGGCUGUCCUUUGUCCUAGCGAUCGGCUUCCUCCUUGUCAUUCUCUCCGCCGCGCUCUUCAAGAACUACCUCACGCUUCUCGUCGUCGCAACCUACGUUAUCGCGCCCCUGCCCAACUGGCUCUGCGGCCGUGCAGCAAACCGCGAUGACUUUAUGGAAAGUACCGGAAAUGGUGUCGUCGACUUUGGAAGGUUUCUGACGGGCUUCUUUGUGGUCAUGGGUAUUGCCCUCCCGACACUACUAUGGCACUCGGCAGAGAUCGCGGGCGGCGCAGCGGCCAUGUCCAUCUUCGGCGGUCUUCUGAUAUACGCGACCAUCAUCAGCUUCACCCUGUUCUUCCAGGAGCAAGAAGACUUCUGACUCGCCGGCGGGACUCAGCAAUGAGGAACCGCACACACACAAUCUGGUCCAGCGCGACCACUGGAGAAAUGUUGAGGGCGUUGAAAGCGAAUGCUGACAGCCGGAAGAUUCGGAUCGGUGCUGCCCCAUGUUUAUGUUGUACCCAUAGUUUGCUGAGCGUUUUUGUACAAGUAUAUCGAACA